UGCUACGCUCGUUAUAGCAUUUCGGUGCUUUAUUUCUUGUCCCAUAAAAUCAUUGGCUCCGGAAUUGUUUGAUUUUUGUUGUGCGUGGUACUUUAAGAUAUUUCCCACUUUUGGAAACUGAAUUUCGUUUGUAGAAGUUUAGCUCAUAUCGGUGCAUUGAGAAGCUGUCGAGAAAAUGGCGAAUCCAAAGGACGACUCGAAACCCAAUGAGGAAGACUUGGCUACCGCCAUCCUUAAACAAAAAGAGAAGCCUAAUCGUUUGAUGGUGGAGGAGGCCGUAAAUGACGAUAAUUCAGUGGUCUGUAUGUCUCCUAAAAAGAUGGACGAACUUCAACUAUUUCGAGGGGAUACUGUGCUGAUUAAAGGAAAAAAGCGUCGCGAUACAGUUUGUAUUGCUCUGACGGAUGACACUGUACCCGAUGACAGAAUCCGAAUGAACCGUGUGGUUCGUCGAAAUUUGCGCGUGAGACUCGGGGAUGUUGUUAGCGUGCAGAAUUGUCCCGAAGUCAAGUACGCCAAAAGAGUUCACAUUCUGCCAAUCGAUGACACAGUGGAAGGCUUGACUGGGAACCUGUUUGAAGUCUACUUGAAGCCGUACUUCCUCGAAGCCUACAGACCAUUGAGGAAGGGGGAUUUGUUUUUGGUUCGCGGCGCAAUGAGAUCAGUCGAGUUCAAGGUUGUGGAGACUGAUCCCAGUCCUUACUGUAUCGUUGCGCCGGAUACCGUUAUUCACUGCGAGGGAGAGCCGAUCAAACGCGAGGAAGAAGAAGAAGCACUGGCUGAGGUUGGUUACGAUGAUAUUGGUGGAUGCCGUAAGCAACUGGCUCAGAUCAAAGAGAUGGUGGAAUUGCCUUUACGACAUCCGACGCUCUUCCGAACGAUUGGUGUAAAGCCACCGCGCGGUAUUCUUCUGUAUGGUCCACCUGGCACGGGAAAAACUCUCAUUGCUCGUGCAGUCGCCAACGAAACUGGAGCCUUCUUUUUUCUCAUUAACGGCCCGGAAAUUAUGAGUAAAUUGGCUGGUGAAUCUGAGAGCAAUUUACGAAAAGCUUUCGAAGAAGCUGAAAAGAAUGCCCCGGCUAUCAUUUUUAUUGAUGAGUUGGAUUCCAUUGCACCUAAGCGUGAAAAAACUCAUGGAGAAGUUGAGCGCCGGAUAGUUUCCCAGUUGCUGACUCUGAUGGAUGGCUUAAAACAGCGCUCGAAUGUCAUUGUUAUGGCGGCGACUAACCGUCCAAACAGUAUCGAUCCUGCUCUGCGUCGUUUCGGUCGUUUUGAUCGAGAAGUUGAUAUCGGCAUUCCGGAUGCUAUUGGUCGUCUAGAAAUUUUGCGUAUUCACACCAAGAACAUGAAACUAGCUCGGGAUGUGGAUUUGGAACGCGUGGCUGCUGAAACUCACGGUCACGUCGGUGCUGAUUUGGCUGCCUUGUGUUCGGAAGCUGCCCUUCAACAGAUUCGUGAAAAGAUGGAUCUCAUUGAUUUGGAAGAAGAGCAGAUUGAUGCCCAGGUUUUGGAUUCUUUGGCUGUCACAAUGGAAAACUUCCGUUUCGCUAUGAACAAGAGCAGUCCAUCUGCCCUUCGCGAGACUGUUGUGGAAGUGCCGAAUGUCACUUGGGGCGAUAUCGGUGGUCUGGAACCAGUCAAGCGAGAAUUGCAAGAAUUGGUGCAAUAUCCAGUGGAGCACCCAGAAAAGUUUUUGAAGUUCGGUAUGACUCCAUCGAAAGGUGUGCUAUUUUACGGACCUCCCGGAUGCGGUAAAACUCUCUUGGCCAAAGCGAUCGCCAACGAAUGCCAGGCUAAUUUCAUUUCCAUCAAGGGCCCGGAAUUGCUGACCAUGUGGUUUGGUGAAUCCGAAGCGAAUGUCCGAGAGAUUUUCGAUAAAGCUCGAGCUGCUGCUCCUUGUGUGCUGUUUUUUGACGAAUUGGACUCGAUUGCCAAGGCUCGUGGCGGUAGUGUGGGAGAUGCCGGCGGAGCGGCGGACCGCGUGAUUAAUCAGAUCUUGACAGAAAUGGAUGGAAUGAAUCAGAAGAAGAACGUCUUCAUUAUCGGCGCCACCAACCGUCCCGAUAUUAUCGAUCCCGCUAUUUUGCGUCCUGGCCGACUGGAUCAGCUUAUUUAUAUCCCCUUGCCUGAUGAAGGAUCGCGUGUGGCUAUUCUAAAAGCUGCGCUGCGGAAAACUCCAUUGGCUAAGGAAAUCGACCUCAUUCAUCUGGCCAAAGUCACUCACGGCUUCAGUGGUGCUGAUCUUACGGAAAUCUGUCAAAGAGCCUGUAAAAUGGCUAUUCGCGAAGCUAUCGAAGCUGAAAUUCGCAACGAGCGACGGCGUCAGGACAAUCCUGAUGCAAUGAUGGAUGACAGUGAUCCCGUACCGGAAGUUCGCCGUGAUCAUUUUGAAGAGGCGAUGAAAUUUGCUCGGCGUUCAGUGAGCGAUGCAGAUAUUCGCAAAUACGAGAUUUUUGCCCAAACCUUGCAACAGUCGCGUGGAUUUGGUGGCCAGUUCCGUUUCCCCGAUCAGGCUGGUGGUGGUGGGCAAGGAGCUCCAGGUGGACGUCCAGGAGGCUUCCAAGAAAAUAACGACGACGAUUUAUAUAGUUAGUUCACUUCAUCUGCAUCCUUGGAAGUUUUCAUAAUCUAUAAUUAAUUUUUAUGUUUCGUUUACAACUUGCGUAAUUAUGUACGCGUCGUUUUUCUUAUUUCUUUUCAACUGUAUUUGCAGGAAGUUGUAGUUGUCUACUUAGUCGUUGAAAUAAAACUUUGAAAUAAUACGGAA